GCAAUAUAUUAUAGAUGCCUAAGUUAUACAAGAAAGACUCCCUUUUGUUCAUCUAUUGACCUUGCCAGCUAUAGCGUACACUUGUAUCACACCCUAGGAUGUCCUACAAAACAUUAUCGAAUAAACAGUUUCCUUGGCUUAGUUAGUAUAAUUAGCAUAAUAACAACUGUCUCAGCUUAUAAUUCAAUAGUGCGACUCUCUUAAAGCUCUUGCUUGUUCGUGAUAAGCCGUGUACUAUGAAGCGCUUUCUAAAUACCAGUUAGGUGUAGUCCUGGCUUAUAUCCAGAAUCCUGUCACCAGCAUAAAAGUCAAUUAUAGGGUAAGAAACCAAUUUUUAAGAUCUAAUGAAUAAUCAUUACAAUAGCUGCAGUAGUAGCCAUGUACGUAUUAUCAUUGCAUCUCAGUGUAGCUGACAGGUCGACCCAUGGCAUCGUACUGCACGACAUCAACCCCAGUCUGGGACAAGGUCAUUAAUCUAUAGAUAUAUAGCCAGGAAACAAAGUGUAUGGGUUGGGUAAUAGUACAGGAUAACCGACAAGCCGUAGUGGUUGACUAUCAAUCCAGGCGGCGAGGGUGUGUGCGUGUAGUACAGCCACACCCAGAGUCUUAACUAUUAUAGAUGGUCCCGGUACAUAUUAACCGAUUUUGAAUCUUUUUCUAGCAUAUUUGCCACGCCUAUACCACGUCGUAUUCCUUCCCCCCCAGGGAAUCUUGGUAUUGGUAACCCACCCUCAUGGUGGUGUUGCCACCUGGUGCAGCUGGUAGCCGUCACCCUUUUAGCGUACGCGUUAGCGCCCACUUCAGACCCUCUUCUUCUCCUCCACACCAUCGUCACGGAUGCCCUCCGGUGCUCUUCAGUGGCUGGCCAAAUGCAUCAUCUUUUCUGCGGGCAACUAGUUCCAGCUUAGCGCAUUCAAUGGCGGCGCAGGCUCGACGUUCCGUGCCGCGUCGCCCGCAGUGUGGCGUCGCCUCGUUCUAGUCCGUCCCAGACUACGCUUUUUGGAGCCUUGGUAAACUGCAUCAAUGGGGGAUACACUCAGCUUUUAAUGCAUUUGCAUAGAUUGUUUGCAUGGCAUUUUUGUGCAAACAAGCAAGCAGAUGGUGGCUUGCAAGGCCUGAGCGGCGGGUGCACUAACUUAACACAGCCCUGGUCGACGAUAGAUUGUGACAAACAAGGAUAUGCUUGCGCUGGGACCAACCGUUUUGCCCACGGUUAUUCACACGCCCUGGCCGAGAUGCUACUCCCCUCCUCCUCUAUGCUCUCAUUGUUAGCUGGAAGCCCCGAGAUCGCAUGCGCCGCAAGGCACUAAGAGCAAACAAGUGAGCGAACGGACCAGGGACGAGUUGGUGGCUUGCGUGCAAUUAUCUAACCUAGUAUGAACCUAGUCAGUCAUCAUGCCCGGCAUCUUUCCUCAAUAGUGUGCACCGAUGGCCAGGGCCACUGACACGGACGACACGCUAUGCAACCGCUUGGUUCCAUGACAUCUCAUAUUUCAGAGCGCAUCCUCAUUUCUUUUUCUCUCUGAGUACCUUUACACUCAGCACCAAUACAAGAGUACCCUCCGUCACUUCACUCAUUUUGCCCAAGUUCAUCCUCGGAACGCUACGCUGUACAGGGCUGCGUCUUGCUUCUUACCGCGCUGCUUGCUGAGCUGGCCGACUAGGUCUCACAUGCACUGUAACCUCGUUUCUUCCCGCUUUUAGGCCGCCAACUGGUAGAAGAACAUCUUGAUCAUUUGAUGAGGGCAGGCGGCCAUAUUACCGAAUCGAUUGCAACAGUACCGGUUUAGGCGAGCUUUAUUCCUUUUACAGUUUGCGCCUGAACACCUCUCUCCAACUACACCAACUUCGCAUCUGCGCGACUACUACUACAGCAGUAGAGGAAGCAACACCGCAAUAACUGUGUGUCAUUCUAGUUGGGGCAAACGGCUGCUGCCAUGGAUCCUGCAGCAAAUGCCACAGCUUCCCCUCCGCCCACACAAAUAACAGAUACGAAUAAAGGGCCGUUGAUCGGAGUGGUAACAUGGCUGUGUUUGGUGAUGGCGCUGCUGGCCACAGUGGCUCGCAUUGCGAGCAAGCUGAUCCUCACGGGUCGCGUCAAGAUUGACGAUGGAUUAAUAGUCGUUUCAAUGGGAACGGCAGUGGCACAAUCUGUGAUUGUGCUUCAACAGGUGUCCCAAGGACUCGGAACGAAAAGCGACGACUUCAGUAUAGACCAAGUCGACAAUAUUUUAAAGUUUGGCUAUAUUGCGAAUCUUCUUUUCAUCACGAGCAUCUUCCUCGCCAAGAUAUCUAUGGCAGUCACUACAUCGGCCCUCGUUCAGCGCCGCUUUCAAAAAUAUCUUGUCAGCACCGAAGGUCUUAUUGCACUAUGGGCUGGCGCAUCGCUAUUCGUCGCCAUGUUUGAAUGCGAAAUGCCGCGGCCGUGGGACUAUCUGCGAGAGCAGUGUAUCGACCGCAAAGUCUUUUGGAUCUUUGUAUCAGCCGGCAACAUUGCAACCGACGUUUGCAUAGUUUUGCUACUGGUCAAUUCUAUAGGGAGACUACAGAUGAACACUAGGAAAAAGUUUGUUGUGCUCUGCGUAUUCGGCAGCCGCGUAUUGGUGAUACCGGCCGUGGCCUACCAAAUCAUGUGGACAAGCAAGACGAUUCUCAUACUCGACCCAGUCUUUGAAUUAUGGACAGUUGUGCUGUGCGUGCAAAUUGUGCAAGCCAUGUCGAUUAUAACAACGUGCAUCCCGGCGCUGAAGCCGUUCUUGGACAGCCUGGAAUCUGGCCAACUACGCGCUGACGAUAUGCGCCGGCAAGGAAAGGUCACUGACAAUGGCUACACUAGCCAGCGGCUGGGCGAGUCCAAGCACAGCCGCGUGAGCUCCUUGGCGUCGCCCAAACGAGGCACUUUUAUCGAAAUGUCCAACGUAGCUGGCAUAGCCGCGCCGGCCAACGUAGCCCGACGAAGCGCAUCCAUGGGGAUUGUGGAGGUGCUGCAAGAGGAGGACGAAGAGACGAGGCCAGUCACAGGUACUGGCGGCGGACGCACAUACGAGAUGGACCGGGAAAAGAUUGGGAUUGCGUGGGAUGGACAGAGCCAUACGAGCCAGACGGUGCUCAUCACCAGCGCAAAGGCGUGGGACGUGGACGUUGAAGAGGCUGCCGCAGCAGAACAGCGGCGGUCCAAGUUGUUCUAGAGAGAGCAUCACUUACCCUCAUUUUGAUUCUUCUUGGCGUGUAUAUACAUUUUCAGACUUGAUACCAACUUUGCCACGUUUCUUUUCUUACCUUUCGCUUGCCUUUCCCAGUGAACCCUUGCUCCAAGACACGCGAACAAGCACGCAAAACGUGGUAACUUGCCAGCCUGCUUGUCGACUUGCAGUUCGUCCAGUCCAGUCUUUGCUGCAAACUCGCCUGCAUCUCGUUAUUCCCUUUGUAUGUGUCUGGC